CAACAGACAACCCACAGAUGUCGAGGCUGUCCGAAUUAAUUUUUCGCAGUUGUCAAAAUAAAUAUUUUUGCCACAUUUUCAUAACCAGUCGCAACCAACAGCAGUUUAGCAUCCUGUAACAAUUUACAAAUUGACCGAAGGUGACUCAUCCAAAAAGUUCUUUUUGUCUUUGCAGACCAUGAAAACCGAGUGAAAUCAUGAACAACCAAAUUUUGGUAAUUUGUCUCAUCUCCUUAGUUUCGCUCAGUGUAAAAUGCAGCGAUAUUACACCAAUUGUGUUUGGAAAAGUUCUCGAUGGAAUGCCAGCAGCUUUCGGCGACUUUGAUUCCGACGAAUUGACAGACGUUUUCGUACUUCGCAAAGAUGGCAAUACGGUAGAGAUUAUGCUGGCAGCGGAGCAGGAGCCCCUCCUCCGUCCUGGACUGGGCUUAUCCUGUUCCUUUAAGAAUCAAGUGACGAGUGUUGUGCCUGGUGAUUUUGAUGGCGACGCAUUCAUGGAUGUUUUUGUAACAACAGUCAAAGAUGGAAUUACCUACGGACAUAUUUUAUGGGGUGGAAAUGGUCUAUUGAAUUGUACAAAUGAAUCGGAGCCAGUAACAGAAAUGCGAGGACAGCCAUUGGCCAUCGAUUACAAUCAAGAUAUGAUAAUCGAUUUGUUUGGAUUGGACAAGAACAACACCAGAACAUUCUGGGUUUUCAAUCAGAGCAGGGCGACUCCGCAGACGAUAAAAAUGCCUGGAGAAAACUUGGCGCCGAUCAGAAAGCCACAUUCUAACGCAUUUCUCGAUUUGAACGAUGAUUUCAUGCCAGAUUUAUUCAUAACAACCGAUAAAAGCUUUGAAAUUUGGUUUGGAAGUGAGGAAGGCUUCAAUUUCAAUCGCACAAUUCCUCUGCCAAGUGAUACGGCAUACAUUGGUCAAUCACUUUAUCUCGACGUUGAACUUACUGGAAAAAUGGAUUUGGUUGUUCCCGUUUGCUACGAUAAAGCCUGCAAGAAUAGCACCAUAAUGAUUUACUCUGAUGACUGGUACAAUCUUCAAGUUGACUUCAAAGACCUUGACAAUAUUGAUUGGGGUUUUUGUUCACCCGAUGGACGUCGUUACACAGAUACAAUAACACUCAGAGGUGGUGAUUUCAACAUGGAUGGAUACCCUGAUUUGCUGGCAACGCUAACACCUCAUUCCGAGCGAAUGCCUAGAACAUUUCUGCUCGAAAACGUACCUUGCACAAAUUGUAAGAAAUUCGGGCGUACCUUUGCAACACGUUGGACAGCCCUUAACCCACUGAACAAUAGAACGGUGAUGGCCGUUUUCUACGAUUUUUAUCAAGACGGUAUCCUUGAUGUUAUUUUAGUCGAGCACGACCCAUCUACCAACGGUUACCGAACGCAGGCUUUCAAAAACAGUCUCGAUUACGACGCUAAUUUUGUCAAAGUCAUGGUCUUGACCGGCUUGACCAACAGCCUAUACCCAAUCACACCUGGAACACUUGGUAGAAAAAAGCGAACCUAUGGAACAAAUUUACCUGGACCAUCCAUUGCCUACAAAACAACAACACAAGAGGGUAGUCCGCGUAUGGCUGUUGCCGCACAAUUACCACAAAGUGCACAUUUUUCGCUCAACUUGCCAUACUCGACUUUUGGAUUAGGACGCACACCAAAUUUUGUCGAUACUCUCACCAUAGGAUUGAGCAAUCGAUCAAGAGAAUGGACACAAAUUAUUCCUAAUUCUCAAAUGGUCGUUAUACCCUCACCGAUAUCAGAGCCCACCAGAUGGAAGGCCCAAUUAUUUGUAACGCCGAGUAAAUUGAUUUUAUUAAGCGCUGCUGCCUUAACGGGAACUUGUGGUUUGAUCACCGCCAUCAUCAUUGCGCUUUAUUGGAAGGAAAGAAGAGAAGAUAAAAUCGAGAAAUUGCAGGAGGCACACAGAUUCCCUUUUGACGCGAUGUAAUGGUCUUUAUCCGUACUAGUAUUAUAGUAUUAAUAAACUAAAAAUAUAAUGUAUAUGUAUAAAUAUUCGAUGUUCCAUUCACCGUCGACUGAAGGUUUAUCUUUGUAAAACAAGAUUUUGGGAUCUCUUUACAGUAGUUAUUGCGAAUUGAAUCUCUUUGAGAAUCACAUCAAACUUUGAAAAAUCAUUAAUCAUGAAAAUUUAAAUUUCUGUUGUGAAUUCAUUUAUUCUCAUGUAUUAAAAGUAAGACUACACAGCGGAUUUUCAUCCCAAUAGUCACACCCAUAGCAAAGUAGAUCCCAACAUACCGUAGUUAAUUAAUAUAAAUAAUAAUUAAUAUAAAUAAAUAAUGCAUUUUCCACGCAUUACCAGUAA